UAUUUUAAAAUAAUUGUGUAAUGGCGCGUAUGAUAUCCAUAGAUACAUGCGCAGUCGAGAGUACAAGUAGCUUAAGAUAUUUGUUCUUGCGUGUAAGUUUGUUAUUACUGGUCGGUUACAAUUUCAUAAAGUACCGAGAAAUUCACGACGGUUAGACGUAAUAUUUUGACUGAUCGAUUAAAAAUGCCAGGCACACCGAUGAAGGAUGAAAAUGACGCAUUGGAGAAGCUGCAAACAAGGGAACACCCUCCAAAUGCGAAUUGCGAACCCGUUGUACGGGAAAUAACUCAAACCGAUCGACUGAACAAGAAGUUGUUAGUAUCGCUUCUGCAAAGAAUGAACAAAUCGAAUGACGAGUUCGAUAAAUUUAUGGAAAAAGGAAGUGUUGAUCGUAAUUCUCAAGACGAUAGUGAAUUUUAA